AUGUUCCCGGCCAGGAAAAGCAAAUACAGCAUAAUAGCAGACUCAACACUAGCUGUAUCACCACAUGAUCAGCAUCUGAUGAGACACUGUCUCUACUUGGACAAAAGGCAUUUAAUUAAAGGUUUAGUCUUGAUGAAGAUGUUGAAGGGCACCACCACCAUUAAUCCUUCCAAAGCUCUGGUUAUAAGAAUCAAUCUGGUUUUCUUUACACUCUUCUUUGUCAUCUAUCUCAUCGUUCUCCUCGGACCAUCAACUUCAAGCUACCACCUCCAGUAUCCGGCAACCACUUUUAGGUGCUCAUCCUCACCCGACUGCCACCACCACCAGAAGGUUGAAGAUGGUGUAGUAAAGAUGAAGGCGGCUGUCCUAGAAGAGAAAAAAGUGCGAGAAAAGAGCAAAAUGAUGAUGAUAACGAGGAGAAGGGAGAAGCCAAGCUUCCUGAAUGAAAUGGGGUCAUCAAUGAAGAUUGGAAUGGUGAACAUGGAUGGAGAGGAUAUGAGUGAAUGGGAAAGCCAUGGGAAGCUCAUAACAGUGGGUUUUGACCGCGUCUCAAAGUAUCUAAAAUGGAAAGAUUUGUUCCCAGAGUGGAUUGACGAGGAGGAAGAGAGUGAGGGACCUUCAUGCCCGGAGCUACCCAUGCCGGAUUUCAUGGCCUACGAUGAUGAGAUGGAUAUGGUGGUGGCCAAGUUGCCGUGCGAGUACCCCGAAAAAGGAUGGAGUAGGGAUGUGUUUAGGCUUCAAGUUCAUCUCAUAGCAGCUCAUUUGGCUGUAAAUAGAGGGAAGAGAGAUGGUGGGACGAUGAUGAUGAUGAUGAGAACAAAGAUGGUGUUUUUGAGUCCAUGCAGGCCUAUGAUGGAGCUGUUUCGUUGUGAUGAUAUGGUGAGGAAAGAGGGAGAUUGGUGGUGGUAUGAGCCGGAGAUGGGCAAAUUAGAACAGAAGGUUUCACUGCCCAUUGGGUCUUGCAAAUUGGCCUUGCCACUCUGGAAACAAGGAAGCAUCGACGAGGCAUACAAUCAAUCGAAGAUGAUCACAGCAACGCAUUCAAAGAAUGUGAUGACAAGAAGAAGAAGAGAGGCGUAUGCGACGGUUCUUCACUCCUCUGAAGCUUACGUGUGUGGUGCCGUAGCUCUUGCUCAAUCCAUCCUCGCUACAGGAACCAAUCGUGAUCUUGUUCUCUUGUUAGACGAAUCCAUCUCUCAACCCAAACGAGACUCACUCGCCGCUUCUGGUUGGAAGAUUCGUAUCAUUAGACGCAUUCGAAACCCUAAAGCAGAGAAGAAUUCUUACAACGAAUAUAACUAUAGUAAAUUCCGGCUAUGGCAGCUCACCGAUUACGAUAAGAUCAUCUUCAUCGAUUCCGACAUCGUUGUACUACGAAACAUGGACAUCUUAUUCCAAUUUCCACAGAUGUCGGCCAGAGGAAACGAUGGUUCCAUCUUCAAUUCAGGGAUCAUGGCGAUUGAACCAUCCAAUUGCACCUUUAAAGCUCUGAUGGAGUUGAGGAAAGAGAUCGUAUCUUACAAUGGAGGUGACCAAGGCUUCCUCAACGAAGUGUUUGUUUGGUGGCAUAGGUGGCCAAGGAGAGUAAACUACUUAAAGAAUUUCUGGGCAAACACGACAUUAGAGACAAGUAUGAAGAACCAAUUAUUUGCUGCGGAUCCACCAAAGCUGUAUUCCAUACAUUUUUUAGGGGUAAAGCCUUGGUUAUGUUAUAGAGAUUAUGAUUGCAAUUGGAACAUCGGUUCUCAACGCAUCUUUGCUAGCGACGUUGCGCAUCGACGUUGGUGGAAGGUCCACGAUGCCAUGGAUGAAAGAUUGCACAAGUUUUGUUCACUCACUCCUAACAGGAAGUUCCAGUUGGAUUGGGAGAGAAAGAUGGCCAGAAAGAUGGGCUUCCAAGAUGGGCAUUGGAAUAUCAACAUUUCUGAUCCAAGACAACACAUCUUUUCAUAA